CUCACCUAUCCAGCUUGUCACAUUUUGCAUUAACCAAAGACCACAACAACACUCUCAAAUCGGAAAACCUAAAUCGGAAAAAUGAGGCAAUUCGAUCCAUGGCCAGUGUUCUUCCGCCGCGAAUGGAGCCGUAACUGGCCGUUCCUCGUUGGUUUCGCCGUCACCGGCGCUAUCAUUACCAAGAUGUCCCUCGGUUUCACUGAGGAGGAUGCGAAGAACUCCAAAUUUGCGCAGAGGCACAAGAAGUAAUUGAGUCUGUAUAUGCUCAGUCUUCUUGCUAAAUGGAGGCUACUUAAUCAGAGGCGGCCUUUCCUUUUUCUGUUUACUUCCUUUUCUAGACUGUCAAAGAUUAAUACAUGUUGCAUAAAAUCCCUCAUGUUGGGAUAAAUUUGGAAGCCGUCUAUGAACAAAAAACAUAUUUGUUUGCUGGAACUGCUUAUCUUGCGUUAUUAGUUAGCUGGCCCCUCCUUUAAAAUGUAAAAUUUACCCUGAGUUUUGAAGCUUCCAGAAUGUUUUGUCCUAAUAAAGAUUUUUUGCGUUCAA